AUGUUAUAGUUAAUUAAUUUGAUAAAAUUGAGAUAAUAACAGCUAUGUGAACAUUAGCCUUAUGAUCCAAAGAUUGAUAAGGAACGUAUAAAUUAAGAGAAUUAAUUACUCUAGAUCUUGUAUCGUUUCUAAAGAGUUCAUAUUGAUGAAAAGUAAGAGAAAUUAUGAUUUAAUUUAAUCAGAUUGAAUUUUUAUGAACAAUCAGCUCAAC